ACCUUCCUAAAUUAACGUGUAUAUUUAAAUUGUUAUUUCUUGAUUAUUAUUUCCUUUUCCUUUUUUGCUAGAAUUCUAGAUCGCACAGACUAUCGUAAAUUUUUAAAAAUACAAUACAAAGUUGUUUCUUAUUUUAAAUGGCUGAAAUUUCUGAAGAAACUACAACUCCUGCUCAAGCUUGCAAUGCAUUAAGAAAAGAAUUGGUGAAUUGCCUUCAUAUGAGUGAUUGCAUGAAAAAAGAUGGCAAAACUAUGGGAGAAUGCAUGAAAAAAGAAGCAGAUGGUGUCAGCACGGAAUGUAGAGCUACUAUAUACUCAUUUUAUGAAUGCAGAAGAUCAAUGUUAGACAUGCGAACCAGAUUUCGAGGAAGAAAAGAAGUUUAAAAUAUUUGUUAAUACGAAAGUGAAAAGUAGUUGACGAAAAGACAAGAGAAAACAGCGAAUUAAAAUAUUAAACAAUUUAAUGAUUUUAAACAUAUUUUUAUGAUCAAACAAAUAUUUUGUGA